AUGACCUCGCGCCUGGUCCUGGUCAUUGGUGACCUCUUUAUCCCUGACAGAGCCGCCGAUCUGCCAGCAAAGUUCCGCAAGCUCCUCACACCAGGCAAGAUCGGCCAGAUCCUAUGUCUAGGAAACCUUACAGAUCGCAACACAUACGAGUUUCUCCGCCAAGUUGCCCCGGAUCUCCAAUUAGUCAAGGGCGAUUUCGAUGUCGACUCUCCUAAUCUCCCUCUUUCGAAAGUUGUAACGCAUGGAAGUCUCCGGAUCGGGUUCACUCAUGGCCACACUAUUAUCCCGUCGGGCGAUGCGGAUGCGCUACUUAUCGCUGCUCGUCAGAUGGAUGUAGACAUACUGCUGUGGGGUGGUACUCACCGUUUUGAAGCAUUCGAAUUGGAGGGCAGGUUCUUUGUGAACCCAGGGAGUGCAACCGGAGCUCUGAACACAGGGUAUUGCCCGGAAGGAGAGGAACCAACCCCAAGCUUUUGUUUGAUGGAUAUCCAAGGUGAUGUUCUGGUGCUGUACGUUUACCAGCUGAAGACCGAUCCCAACGGCACUGAGACAGUUGCCGUCGAGAAAGUUUCUUAUCGCAAGAAUAGCGUACCAUCCUCAUGA